UAAGCAAAUGCUGAAAAUGAGAUAAAUAUAAGGUGUAUAAAGCACUUUUUCUCUCUCUUUGGUGUCCAUGAUGUGAGUGAGUGAGAGAUAUCCAACAAUAGUACGCACAAACAGUGGUAGUGCAUAGACCUAAGAGGGUGAGUUUCACAUACACAUGGAUACAUCUUUCAUUGGGAAGGAAAACUCUGAGUUAAGUUGCAGAGACACACGUUAACCCUGUGUGUAGCCUCUGUGUCUCCACCUGCAUUUAACACACAGCACAGCACUGGUGGUGUUUGAGUUUAUGUGUAAGAGAGAGAGAGAGAGAGAGAGAGAGUGAGACUAAGAUUAAGCAACACUGUUGAUGCACAGAACGAAGAAGCUAGACUACACAUUCCCAAGGGAGGAGGACUCUGAAUCUGAAUCUGAUUCCACUACCUUUUACAGGCUAUAGAGCCAAGAGCCCAAAAAUCCCUAUUGUUCUGACUGACCAUCCAUUUAGGUUCUUUGGAGUUUUCUACAAAAAAAAGACUCAGAUUUUUUAGCUUCAUUUCCGGGAGUACUCUCUGGACAAUUAUAUGCAGUGCUCUUUUUGAGAAAACAGUAAGGUGGGGACUAGGAACAACUGAUCCCAGCCAAAGAGGGUUUGGAGGGAACAGUUGCAGUGAGCUUUCUUCGAUGGACAUGAUGAACAUGGAAACUAAUAGGAAGUUUCUUUCUCUGCCUCUCAGUAACAACCCUGGUCCCCAAAUGCACAGUGAUAAUAGAAGGGUACCUGUCACUGCUAGCAAUAGCAUCGCUCAGGAUCAUCACUACAGCCACCACAACCCCACCGACACUUGCAGUGUGAGGGAUAAAAUCAUGGCACAUCCUCUUUUUCCUCGCCUCUUGUCCUCUUACCUCAAUUGCCUCAAGGUUGGAGCACCUCCUGAAGUGGUGGCUAGCUUAGAGGAGUCAUGUGCCAAGUGUGAAUCCUUGAAUGCAUCAUCAGGAAGGACAGGAAGUGGUUCAAUAGGUGAAGAUCCAGCUCUGGACCAGUUCAUGGAGGCCUACUGUGAGAUGCUUAUUAAGUACGAGCAAGAGCUCACAAAACCCUUUAAGGAAGCCAUGCUUUUCUUCUCAAGAAUUGAGUGUCAGCUCAAAGCCCUAGCAGUUUCAUCAGAUUUUGGUCAAAGUGAAUCAUCUUCACAGAAUGAGGUUGAUGUGCAUGAAAACAACCUAGAUUCUCAAGCUGAAGAUCGUGAACUCAAAGUCCAGCUUUUGCGCAAGUAUAGUGGAUACCUAGGGAGCCUGAAGAAGGAAUUUUUGAAGAAGAAAAAGAAUGGAAAGUUGCCAAAGGAAGCUCGCCAACAACUACUUGAUUGGUGGAACAGGCAUUACAAAUGGCCUUACCCUUCGGAGUCACAAAAGCAGGCUCUUGCAGAAUCCACAGGCCUAGAUCUGAAGCAGAUCAAUAAUUGGUUCAUCAAUCAGAGAAAACGUCAUUGGAAGCCUUCUGAGGAUAUGCAAUUUGCUGUGAUGGAUGCAACUAACUACUAUAUGGAAAACGUUAUGUGCAAGCCAUUUCCCAUGGAUGGCAUGCCUAUGCUUCUUUAGCACAAUCGCCUCCAAAACCUGAGCAGAAAACCCUAUCUAUUUUGAAAUCGUUAAUUAGGUUGACAAGUUGCUAUGAUAUGUCAUUGAAUAUUGAUGCAUGUUUUACUUUAAAUUGUAGAAAAAGCAGGAUGAAAAUCCACGUUAUCCUGAACUGCAAUCUAUGUAAGUGAGCAUGAAUCUAACUAUGUGGUAUUUAUAUAUAUCUAUCUCUUUGUGGAGCAUCGCUAGAGAUCGAUGCUUGUCGUGUAUGCGUUUUGUGUUAUUUCCUAAAUUUAAUGAAUAUAAUUUGUUU